GCGACUACAAGAAUCGGCGGCAUUCAUUCAUCGUCGACUUCUGUAGGAGGGUUUUUUUUUGGAAGAACUGUAGGAGGUUUGUAAAUUUGAGAAGUCCACCAUUGUAGCAAAGAGAAAAACCCUUAGAAUCGAUUCUCACCUCCGGUUCCUGUCGUAAGUUUGUACGGAGUAUUUUUUAGCAGAAAAAAAUGGUUCAUGCUUAUAGGAUCAACGGGCAGAAGAGGAAAAAGAAAGAGGAGAAAUAUGACAAGGAAGAAAUAGUUGACCCGUGUUUGGAAGAUGAAGCAACGGAAGCCAUUAAAAAGGCCAAAACUGAGGUUACUGCGGAGGACAAAGAGGAAGCAGAAAAUGUGGUUAAUUUACUACCUGGUAUACCAGUUGUUUCAACCGAACAGAGCAACAAACCUUCUGUCAUUUUUAUCCUAGAGAGGGCUUCAUUGGAGAUUGCCAAAAUCGGAAAGACAUACCAACUUCUCAACUCGGAUGAGCAUGCUGGAUUUCUAAAGAGAAAUAACCUAAACCCAGCUGAAUAUCGACCAGACAUUGCUCAUCAGGCAAUGCUUAUGAUUUUAGACAGCCGGUUAAAUAAGGCUGGGAGAUUGAAAGCUCUGUAUGUGAAGACAGAAAAAGGUGUCCUUUUUGAAGUCAAACCUCAUGUUCGUAUCCCUAGGACUUUUAAGCGAUUUUCUGGUAUCAUAUUGCAGUUGCUUCAAAAGCUUAAUAUAACGGCUGUUGGGAAGAGAGAGAAACUACUCCGCGUAAUAAAGAAUCCUGUUACACAGUAUCUACCCAUAGAUUCUCGUAAAAUUGGCUUUUCACACAGUUCUGAGAAGUUGGUUGACAUUCAGAACUAUGUUGACAAUGUUGGCAGUGAUACAAACCUUGUUUUUGUGCUUGGUGCAAUGUCCCAUGGCAAAAUUGGUAACGAUUACGUUGAAGAUUAUGUUUCAGUUUCAGAUUAUCCACUUAGUGCCGCAUACUGUAUAUCUAUGAUAGCCAAUGCUGUGGAACGCAAGUGGAAGAUACUAUAGAUUCAAAAUUUUCACUUCUUGGUAGUUCAAUCGUAUGACAACAGUGUAAGCUUGCCCCCCUAUUGAUGUCUGCCUGAGCCGAUGAUGACGCAAUUUUGAUUUUUAAGCUUGUUAGAGUUUAAAUAUUUUUGAAAUUUAUUGUUGUCUGAGCUCGUUGAGUUUGUUGAAGCGCCAUGUGUACCAAACAGAUGUGAAAUUUAUUUUUGUGAUCUCUACUCUCAAGUUGAUCUAUCAGUUGGUGAGCAUGGUACAUCUGAAAACAGAUGUGCUGGUGAAGGGAUUUUGGCAGUUAUGAAGAUUUUGGC